AUGUACUUUUCGCGGCCCGGAGUUGAACCAGCGCCCUGGCAUUAUGAUCCGAAUCACAAUGUAACGAUCCAGAUUGUCGGUGAGAAGGACUGGCAUUAUUCACCAGGCAAUCCGCACACGAUUGGCGGAUCACGUGGAUUGCUAGAUGCACCUUUGAACUUUCUGGAUCAGAGCACCGUGAUACCGAACACAGGGCCGCUGGGUUGCUCGCAAUACAGUCUACGGCCAGGCUCCGUUCUGUACAUUCCACCAGGGCAUUGGCAUUCAGUUCUUCCAGUGAAGGGUGAGUGCGUGUCUGUGAACCUGCGGGUGGCCAACAUCCUUCACGCCAAGUGGAUCAGCGAGGUUUUGUUUGCCACACUUGCAAUGACGGCAAGAAGCCAGACUAUGCAAAUGAUGGUUCGGCCUUGCGACUUCGACGGUGCUGGCGAGAGUAUGACGCAGCAGGCGGACCUAGCUGUACAAGAACUGCAUGCAGCUUUGCACCGAUGCCGUCCGCCUCGCUGCUUUCCUUUCCAGAAUGCGUAUUCUGAUGGUUUGAGGCUGGGUGCUACGCUGGGCUACUUGGAAGCUGAAGGCUUUUUAACUGACUGGACUCCAUCCAAGACAUGUACUGUUGGAGUAAAUCCACUGCUGUCAAUUCUUCCAAAGCGUAGAGAUGCCAAUGCUAUGGUGAUUGACCUGCGCUCCAUCUCUAGUUUGACUGGUUCAGAGUACAUGAGGUUUUCCCUGCAUUGCGGUGCAGCCCUCUACGACGCAGUGCAGACACUUGCCCGCCACGGCAAGGCAACAGUAGAUGAGCUAAGCCAACGUGGUACACUAGUUCACGGCUGCAAAGAUCAGCCACUGAAGAAGAGGCGGAAGGAUGAAAAACUGCCAUAUGAAUUAGUGUUACUGCUUAGAGUGCUUCUUCAUGGCAACGUGCUGUUCUUGAAUGAGGAUGGCUGA